AUGACCGACAAAGUCUAUGCUUGUCCGGUUUCUCUACCCAUCUCCAGUCUCCCAAAUUUCAUGUACAACCGGAGGUCACUCUCACCUGGAGGUGGCUGCAAACCAACCAAACUCAUGCUUGCUCAGUCUUACUCGGUUAUUGUCUCUAGUUCAUCACGCAUCAGUACCCAGGAAACUCCCGCUAUCAAGGAAAGGGUGUCCAAUUUCCUGAAACAUAUCCCAGAGAAAUCCCAUCAGCUUCUUGUUCGUUUAAUAAGCCCAGAAGCGUACCGCAACCAACAAGCCUCCGAAAGAACAGAUCUCCGUUCUUUUUGCAUAAUCAGGCCGGGAGAAGACGGCAGCCAACAGGACUCGGGAAUAUCGAAUCCACUUCCUUUGCCCGUAGCGAAACCGGCAGCGUACCGCAAACAACAGGCCGCAGCUAUUCAUAAUGCCACCGAGGCCGCCAUGUAUCGACUGUCCAACGAGAUCCUGCUUAUGAUUGGCGCCUAUCUGUCUCCGGUCUCCAACUUUGUACUGCACCAGACGUGCCAGAAAGCGUUGCAUGUUUUCGCGCCGCCACCUGGAUUCUUCCCUCUGAACGAAUUUGAUCUAGAGACUUCGUUACUGGAAAACCACCCUCUCGGCUCAACAGUCGAUCACGAUGCUCAGAAGCAGUCUUCCUACGCUUCAUAG